AGCGGAAUACACACAGACGGACAUCAUCCGGGCCCUCCUUAUUGUCGCCGACCGAAAUCUUCCUGCACGAUCUCUUUUCGAUGUCAUCAAGUCGAAGUUGAGAACUAUCAAGCUCGUCUACUUCGCCGAAGAUUCCGAACUUCACAGCAAUCAUUCAUCUGCUGAUUCCCUCGUAUAAAAACACCGCAUCGAAGAAACUUAUCAUCAGAUGGGUCUUUGUUCAGCUUCCAACUCCAAUUUUCCAUUCGCGGUAUGCAGAUCCAAUCGCUAUCUUUCUUUUCUAUGUUGUAGAUGAAAAGUCGGGAGUUCCGUGUCCUCUCAUUUCAUCUGCUUAGGAGGAGCAUGUCGAUGUUUACUUCCUGCGUGGUCCUUUACCUUUGAAGUUCUCCACUUUUCACCCUGCACGUGAUCCGUUCGAUCUUGGAACCUUUCAAGUUGUUUAAGCAAUCGAGGAAGAAAAAAAGGAGAAGAAGAAUAUUGAAGAGCGAGUUGUUUUGUUUCGGGCUGAGAGCAUUUUACUUUAGUUUGUUGAUGUUCUAGGAGUCCAAAUAUAUUGGGGGUUUGCAUCAAAGUAUGAUGUUAGGGUAGGGACUUUGGUAGGGUUUGAGUGAGGAGAGGAUAUGACCAUGGAUCCUUUGUUCUUUGGUUACUCCGAUUGUAUCAACGUAGAUGAUCUUCCAAUAGACAGCCAUGCCUUUUCACCUAAUUCGGAUCAUUACCCGAGUCUCACAGAUGGUUUCUUUCUGGAUGACCCUUUUCUAGACCUUAAAUCCUUAGAUAGUGCUUGUCUUUCGAAUAAAGUAGACCCUCUAUAUGAUCUCCCUUCAAAAUCUAUUGACCUUGGUGUUGGAGAUUUAAUCUUUCCCUCGACAAGCGUCAACUCAGAUGGAGACCCAUUUGUUCCAUCUAUGAGCUGGAGUAGUGCCCAGAGUUUAGGGGGAGAUUCUCUCUCCCCAUCGGGGGACGCUGACUCAUCGGAUCCGGUUCUAAAGUACAUAAGUCAGAUGCUCAUGGAAGAGAACAUGGAGGAACAACCGUGGGUAUUUGCUGAUCAGGUUGCUCUGCAGAAUGCUGAAAGGUCAUGGUACGACGCCCUUGGUCAACAGCAUUCAGAGCAGUCUGAUCAGAGCCCCUCACGACUUGAUAUAGGCCAUUAUAUCGAGAGCCCUUAUAGCAACCUUUCUGGAAGUAGCAGUGUUCAUGGAAGCCACGAUGCUACAAGCGUUACUGCUAGCUCUGGCGACUCAGCUGAUGCUAAUAUGCUUUAUCCAAUAGAAGAACAAAGCCAUGCUGGGCAGGAGAGUUCUAACCUGUACUUCCAGUCGAAUGUGGAUUCCAGUUCGCAGUUGUUGUCCAAUUCUUCAAGCAGCAUCGCGAAUUAUGAUGAUGGGUCUGAGGAAUCUUUGCAUGAGCUUCUUCUCAAGAGCAUUUUCAGCGAUGGAGAGUCCAUGAUUCAGUUCAAGAAAGGAGUAGAGGAGGCCAGCAAAUUCCUUCCUACGAACAGUCAAUUAGGAAUUAAUCCAGAGGACGGCAAACCGCCAUCGGAAAAAAAGAAAAGAACCCCCAGAACUCGCAUCGAUGAGGAGAUCAACAUGAUGCGCUCAUCUGAUGGAUUCAAGGGAUUAAAGAAUCGUGAGAGGGACGAGGAUGCUUUUGAGGAAGGCAGGGCCAAUAAGCAAACAGCCUUGUACACAGAAGAGAGUGAGCUUUCCGAUUUGUUCGAUAAGGUGUUGCUCUGCCACUGUUCUGGCGACAAGUCCGUGGAGACAGGGCUGCGCAAAGACAUCCAGCCACAAAGGAACAAGCGUGGUUCCAAUAGAGGUGGGGGUCGUGGUAAGAAGCAGGGAAGCAAGAAAACAGUUGACUUGAGAACUCUUCUGAGUCUCUGUGCACAAGCGAUCUCAACUAGUGAUUUCAGGACUGCUAAUGAAUUGUUGAAGCAGAUUAGAGAGAACUCUUCUCCAUCUGGCGAUGGGUCUCAAAGAUUGGCCCAUUACUUUGCCAAUGGGCUAGAGGCACGACUGGUGGGUAGCGACAGUCGAACACAAGACUUUUAUUCUACUAUUUUUGCUAGGAGGAUCUCAGCAGCCGAUGUCUUGAAAGCAUACCACCAUCACAUUUCAAAAUGUCCGUUUAAGAAGUUCGACAUUUUUUUUGCAAAUUACAUGAUUUUGAAAUCAGCAGAGAAAGCCCCUUCCCUUCAUAUAAUAGAUUUCGGCAUUCGGUUUGGUUUUCAAUGGCCAGUCCUCAUACAGAAGCUCUCUUCUCGACCAGAAGGGCCCUGUAAAUUGCGCAUCACAGGCAUAGAGCUUCCGCAGACUGGUUUGCGCCCAGCAGAAAGAAUAGAGGAGACAGGUCGCCGUUUGAAAAAGUAUUGUGAGCGUUUCAAUGUCCCUUUUGAAUUCAAUUUCAUAGCAUCAAGGAAUUGGGAAUCCAUCAAACUUGAGGAUCUCAAGAUUAAAAGCAAUGAGACAGUUGCUGUGAAUUCUUUAGACCGGUUUCAGAAUCUCCUUGAUGAGACAGUUGGGGACAACAAUCCACGAGAUGCCGUGUUAAAUCUAAUUCGGGAAAUUAAACCGGAUAUCUUUGUUCAUGCAAUAAGAAACGGCUCCUACAAUGCGCCCUUUUUUGUGUCAAGAUUCCGAGAGGCACUUUUUCAUCUUUCCUCAGUGUAUGAUAUGUUUGAUGCUAUUUCAGAUGGCAACAGCAAAGAGAGAUUGGUUUUUGAGAGAGAGCUCCAUGGACGGGAAAUUAUGAAUGUCAUAGCAUGUGAAGGUUCAGAAAGGGUAGAGAGGCCAGAAACGUACAAACAAUGGCACGUUCGUCAUAUGAGGGCUGGGUUUAAGGCGCUUCCUUUGGACCAAGAGCUCAUGAAGUUCUUCAAGGGUAAGAUGAAAGAAUGGUACCACAAGGAUUUUAUGCUUGAUGAAGACGGCAGCUGGAUGCUGCAAGGUUGGCGAGGUCGGAUUAAUUAUGGCUGCUCCUGUUGGGUUCCCACUUAGGUUGGUCAGAAAGAAAAUGUUUUCUGUCAUGACCUGUACAUUACAGGGAUUCUUCCCAGGCAACAGGUCAUGGAUUUGUAUUAGAGUAGCUAAGAAUGUACUUAUUUCCAGCUCCUCUGUUGGGCAUGUAUCUUUUUUCUUGAAAACAAUUUCGAGUCUGGAAUGUUUGCUUACUAUUUAUCUCAUUCUUGAGAUAGGAAAGAUACACUUUGCAGCU